CUCACAUUAAUUCAACAUGUCUUCCGAGCCCAUCACAUUCGCCAUCAUUGGUGUCGGCUUGAUUGGGCCUCGUCACGCCCAGACUGUGAUCAAGAAUAGCCAAGCAAAGCUGGUAGCUGUUGUCGAUCUCAUGCCAAAUGGCGAACAACUAGCUCAAGAGCUUGGAGCUGCCUACUUCAAAUCCGUGACCGAUAUGCUGCAAUCGUCGACUAAGCCUCAGGCAGCCAUUAUCUGCACGCCCAAUCAUACGCACGUCCCCCUUGCUCACGAGUUAUCCUCAGCAGGUAUUCAUAUUCUUAUCGAAAAGCCUUUUUGUACAGAUAUUCAGAGUGGCAAGGAUUUGGUUGAUCAUCUCGAUAAGUUAGACGUCAAGGCUUUGGUCGCUCAUCAUCGGCGAUUCAAUCCCUAUAUGAUGACUGCAAAAGAAACUGUUGGCUCAGGUUCUCUUGGAAAGGUCAUUGCAGUGAGUGGAAUUUGGGCGACUUAUAAACCAAUGGAAUACUUUGACCCUCCACGGGAAUGGCGAAGAGAGAAUACGGGCGGUGUUGUUCUCAUCAAUCUCGUCCAUGAGAUCGAUCUGUUGCACUAUCUCUUUGGUCCCAUUACACGGAUUCAUGCAGAAAAGACGAUAUCACAACGUGGGUUUGAGGCUGAAGAGGGUGCAGUUCUGACACUUCGAUUCAAGUCCGGUGCCGUCGGAAGCUUCCUGUUCUCAGACAAUGUUCCGUCACCGCAUAACUUUGAGUCCGGUACUGGAGAGAACCCUCUGAUUCCUAAGACUGGAAAGGACUUUUAUCGUAUCUUUGGCACCGAUGCAUCAUUAAGUGUGCCAGAUAUGACCCUAUCUUCCUAUCCUGAAGGCGGAAAGUCAUGGCACCAAGAGCUUGUUCAGAAGAACAUCCCUGUCCCCGAUGGUGUGCCUUUCGAGCUACAGUUGGAUCACUUCAUCAAGGUUAUUCGUGGUGAGGCGACUCCGAGUUGCACGCCGAGAGAUGGCCUAGCUGCACUUGUUGUCUGCCAGGCUGUGAAAGAGGCAUUAAAGGAGGACAAGACAGUGGAUAUUGACACUUCUGAUUUUGGACUCUAACUGGGUAGUGCUUCAGACUCUUAAUGUUUCUUAGAAUUCAAAGACGGAUUGUAUAAUUAUAGGGUAUAUCAAAAUAGCAAUAGGAUACUGAGGGUCUCUAGGUUAUACUCUGUAACAUAUAUUGAUAAUGGUCAGAGACUAUGUUAUUCUAUGAG